GGCAGACGCUGCGUUUUGAGCCCGCCUCGAAUAUUUCCAGAUUUAGUAAAACUCGGUGCUUCAAUUUAGCGUUUGUUGCGUCUUGUGUAGUCUGAGUGUAUGAAGUGACUUCUGUGCAGCGUCCGAUAUCUCGAGUCGAAGAUGGGGGUCUCCAACGAAGACGAUCAAGCUGUUCAAGAGCGCUUGAAGGCUGUUUGCGCAUCCUUAAAUAUGGACAAGCAGAGUUCUCACGAUGCACUCGAAGCUUUCAACGCGAUUGCAGCCAACUACACACUCGAGGGCGACUGCCGUCAUUGGCUCGCAUGCAGUUUGUACGUGGCCUGUCGGGAGGGUACGAUGCCCACGGUGGCAUCAACUUCGAAUCUUCAGGGCAACUGUGUCUCUCUGAGAGGGCUUCUGUCAGCCUGUGAACUCGAUCUCUUGGAGUUCUUUCGGAAAAUGGAGAAGUGGGCUGCCAUGACGAAGCUGGACAUGGGCCGAAGACUCACAGACCUCAAGGAUUCCUUCUACGUCACCACAAUCAUGUUCUCCAAGUUUCACCAAGUUUUCGUCGAGCUCUUCACCGGAUUCGAGCAAGACCAGAGCAAUAUGAAUCGAGCGCGUCGGUACCGGAGGGGUCCGACGUCAGUUUCAGACAUUUAUCGGCUGUGUUGGUUACUUUAUAUCUCACUGAAGAGUAACGAGAAGAUAAGGAUUAACACCGGCACCGUUCCCUGCUUCCACCUGCUACUGUGCUGUCUCGAUUUUGUGUACGUUUCGUGCGUGGUAGCAGGUCGUACCGAUCUCUUCAAUCAGGAUUUCUAUCAAGAGCAACUCGGCAAGUGCGAAGCUGCGGGUGUCGAAUUGAAGGACAUCGGUAUCCUCCGUUCCCUCUGUGAGAAGCAUAAGGGGGAGCUGUCUGAGGCGAAUGUUUUCCGUGUGCACUACCUCCAGCGACCGGUCAAGGAGCUGAUCGCCAUGGGAACACUCAAAGGGAGCACGGAUCCUCUGAGUCUGGCGAUCGAAUUCAAGGACGUCGAGGUCACAAUCAAAUCAUUGAAGCAGUCUCAUGAGAUGACUGUGCUCCGCGGUGGGGAGCUAGACGAGCAGAUCUUCUUGGCGGAGGACGCUUGCCAGAAGAUCGGUAUCGAGCCCGUUUCCCAGUCGGAAGCCCACGAUACCCUCUGCAGGUCGCUCUCUGAACAUGUCAAGAAACAGCGAACCAUCGGGCUUCAAACACCCUUGACAGGCCGCGGACUGUUGGUCAACCGCGAACCAGGCAUCAAUCUCAGCCCUGUAUCGACGGCAACACAAGGCGCUUCGAAACUUCACAGCCUUCUGGCCGGACGGAACCACAUGCCGUCGGAAUCAUUAAGUCAAAUGCUAGCACAAAUUAUACCCAAUCCGGCCGAGCGCAUAGAUCAGACCAUCAAAGAAAUGGGAGAACUCUUCUGCACAGCUUACGCUAACCGAGAGGACGACGCCGAAGCGCCAACCAACCCGGAUCUUUUCGAUUUCGCGAAGAAACGACUACAGCUGGGCGAAGCUCUUUUCUACACGAUUCUCGAGUCGAUAAUCACCUUGGAACAGAAUCCCCAGCGGACUCUGAACAACUUCAGUCUCUCGCUGCGACAGGAACAGUUUCAGAAGUCGUUGUUCGCGAGCUGUCUCGAGAUCGUCAUGUACUCGUACAACUCCCAGGAAACACUGUUCCCCUGGAUUCUGAACAUUUUCGGCCUCAAGGGAUACCAUUACUAUCGGAUAAUAGAGCCCAUGAUCCGGGCUGAGGUCCGCCUCUCGAGGGAGGUUGUAAAGCACUUCAACAAGAUCGAGGAACAGAUUUUCGAGAGCAUCGCCUGGCGGUCGGACUCCCCCGUCUGGGAGCAGGUCGGUGUAAAGACAGUCCCGCAGGCUCAGCAAGCUUUGCUACCGAGUCAGUUGCAGAACGCAGAAAGUCGACCCGAAGUGUACCGGCUUAUCCCAAAAGUGGAUUCGGCUCAGGCUUCACCCUCGGCGAAUAGCGUAGCUCGUAGGAAACUCUUUGGCACCGGCGAAAAUAACGGAGGUAACCGAGCUGCUCCUCUCCGUCUAGUGGUAACGCCGGGUGGACAAGUCAUGGAGAUGAUCUCAACGUCGCCUGAGCCGCCGGCUCCCGCCGAUGCUGUGAGAGGGAGCUGGGGACUGUUCUUCAGGAAAGUUUAUCAUCUCGCCUCUGUCAGGCUUCGCCACCUGUGCAAUGGACUCCGAAUUACCGAUGAACACCUGACAAAAGCAUGGACCAUGUUGGAGCACGUGCUCAUUAACGAGACCACAAUUUUGAAAGAUCGUCAUCUCGACCAGAUUAUCCUCUCAUGCGUGUACGCGCUCUGUAAGCUCUUCAAGCUGAACAAGAAGUUCUCCGACAUCACUCAAUGCUACAGGAGUCAACCGAACACGCAGAAUCAAGUUUACCGUAGCGUCCUCAUCCAGUCUGCGGUCGAAGCGCCCGCCGACGGCAACGGAGAAGCUCAGGACGAACAGCGGAGCGAUAUAAUCACGUUCUACAAUAAGAUAUUCGUCCCUCGGGUGCAUCCGUUCUUGGCCCGCUUCAGAGACGACUCGGCUCCUAAUCCACUCCUGAGCCCCCUGCCGAGAAUAAACUCCGGGCUGCAGUCGCCCAAGCCGUUGAAAGUUGCUACCGACAUGAAAGUUUUCGUCAGUCCUUACAAAGGCAACAUCCCAAGUACUCACAAUGCGAAAACCUUCCGCAUCCAGCAGAGUCCAGCUAAGGACCUCACCGAGAUCAAUAGAAUGGUUCAGCGGAAAUCCGAGGAAAUGAACGCCGUACGGGCUAGCAAGAGAGCACUGGAUAUGGAUGGAGACGAGCCCGAAAGACCGAAUCGACUUCAGAAGAAGCUCCAGUCAAUGUUCGUGGCGACGGGGUAGACAUUUCGAACUCUUCAACAAGAUUCUGAAUCGUUAUCAUGGGUAUCUUGAAUAUACUAUCU